UGUGUUGCUCCACAACUAAAACACCCAGAGAGAGAGCCCAAUAACCAGUUUAACUUAGGCACGGGCCCAGCGGAGAAAACAGCAAUUGCUGCCGAAAAAUGGGUGGUGGCGGGGGUGGUCGAAGCAGAAGCAGCAGAGGAGAGGGAUGACGGAGACGCCGAUUGGAGAGCCGCCAUCGAUUCCGUCGCGGCCACCACUUCUUUUAGCCCGAUCCACCGCCAACGGUCUUGCCUCUACCUCCAACGGUUCAACGUCAAGGCACAAAAAGUUCUGGAUGACAUACUUGAGAAGACCAUAGAAGUGGUGAGGGAUCCUGUUCAUGUCCCAGAUGAUGAUCCUGUGAUGGAUGGUGGUGGAAUUCGAUUGUUUAAACAUGCUCCCCCUGGGAUAAUAUUUGAUCACAUAAAUGAACUUCAAGGACCAAAAAAGAGGCCAAGGAUCCUUCCUGGAAAAGGGAUUGAUGAAAAAUCAACUAAGUUUAGAUGUCAACUCCGGUCAGUUGCUGUUGAUGGGAUGGAUAUAAUAGCUGCAGCAAGAGAUGCUGGCCAGAAAUCAUUAGCCAGACGACAAACUAGAGAUGCAGCAGCUAAAACAGCUGCUAAAAGAGAGGAAGAAAGAGUAGCAGAACUUAAAAGAAUUAGGGGAGAGAGAUGGCUACCUUCUAUAGCCAGAGAUAUGCAGGUGAUGGCAAUAUUGAUUGCAACGCUGGUGGAUGGCUUGGGUCAGUGCAUUGAAAUGCUUUGGCGCUCGCGAGAACUGCGUUUUGCUGCCAUUUUUGAGGCUGUAACUUCUGUUGCUCGGAACUUCACCAUGGCUCUUAUGUCCUGCGUGUUGGGCAUGUUUCUAGGACGAGGUCAGCAGGAUGUAGCUUUCCUGUGA